GGUGCAGGGCAGGCAGUGGCACUCAGAGUAACAGCAGAUCGUUGUGCUUUCUAUAAUUGCAGGUUCCUUGGGUGGCAGGGAGUGUGGACUUCAUUUUUGGUAAUAGUACUUGCACUUGUUGGAACAUUGUCACAUCCAUUGCAAGUCCGCGAGGUUUAUAACUGCACGGAGCGAAACUCUCCACGGGAAAAAACUGGUUAUGUAUUCCUGAGAUGUGUUGUCACAGGUAAUGGGGGAACUUCAUAUGCAUAUCUGGGAAGACCAUGGGGACCUUUUGCAAGAGUGGUUUUUGCAUUCACUUUCAUGGAUCAAUGUAUAAAGCCUGCAGGGUGGAAUAAUUGGGGCAAAGUGUUCUGGAUCGGGUUUCUGUCCAUCCCAAAGAGUGAAAUGGGCAGAGAAUUGAAGAAUGAAGGAGCUGAGUAG